UGUUCAGUUUAGCUUCAACCGUCUCGGUGUGAUGUUCUAUUGAGGUCACAGUUUCAGUGUUUUUUCGGUCGGUAGAUUUGACUGAAUUUUAGUUGUGAUGAGUCUAGCAAUCGUUUAUCGUUAUUUACGCAGAUGUUUCAGUUUGAAGUGUGCGGGUGGUGCUUCGUAACGUUUGGAAAAUUUGAACGACGCUGAGUUGACUCUUGAAAGUCCCGGUACUUUUCAGUGCAAAACCCCACUCAUUCAGUGGUGUGCCCCGUGUCAGACAAGAUCAGUCCGAGCAGUUCGCGCUUUGUCAAACGAGUCGCAUCGGCGGCAGUCAGAAGAGUAAUUCACCGGACAAACCCCGUCACGUGCAGCGCGACACAGCCAACAAGCCAACACAGCCAGCCAGCCGGUCAUCAUCCGCAUUCGCAACAAUCAUCGAACAGUGCUCAACCGAGAAAACCGCAACAAUGCCAUCGGGAUCAGCCGUCCGGUCAAUCAACCAGCGUGUUCCGUCGAGUGUCCAGUCGUGAAACGACGCGAAAGUAGUAGUGGGUCAAAGUUCGGUCAGGCCCUUGAGCUUCGGAACUUCGGAUUAGAAGAGAGUGAACACGACAAAACCAGUCACUGUUGAUGAAUUUAAAUUGAAAAUUGUUCUCAUCAUUCAAUUGUGUGCCCGUUGAUGGAAGGAGCACACAUUCUUCAGAAUCUCAGAAGAAAGAAGCAAAAAACGUCGCCUGUUUGAAUUGACGGCAGUUCAACGGUGGCUGUGACCCGGUCUAGUGUUGUCCAACGGUUCAGGUCGGAAAAGUGAUACACUAGAUCUAAACGGUAUCAAAUGUGUGAAGAAGAAAAUAAGUUAGAAGAAAAUCACCCCAGUGCUGACAAUUGAAAUUGUUUGCGUUUCUUUUCAAAAAGCUUUUCCGCUUGGUGCUGAAGGCAAGCCAACCGUCCAUCCAACCGGCAACGAGUAGUGAAGUAUAACAAGAAAGUGAAACAGUGUGCCACAAUAAAUAAAUACUCACGAUCACACGGCUAGUGAGUGAAUAUCACUGUCCGCGCCGAGUUCGAGCUAAGAUCCUUUCCUAUUGAUAAGGAGGAAGAUAUUAAUGGGAAGAUAAAAGAGUGCGAUAAGGAAUAAAAAGUGCGGUGACAAGUGUCAGUACGACCUGCAACGGCGGGGGAAUUGAAGAAAAGCAAAAUCAGAGUUCUGCUCUUUCUGUCGGAAGAACGGUCCCAGUGCAAGCUUCUCAAGUGGAUGUGAGGUGAAUGCCGAGCACAGGAAGUGUUUGAUAGCCACUCGUGUGAAAGCGAGAAGAGUUUGAGUUGUGAAUUGUGGUGGAAAAAUCUACCAUCUUGUCAAGGGAUUAUUUCCGGUCAUAAUUCCAUACAGGCCACGACGAAGAGUAAACAGUUUUGUGGUUCUGUCUGGAUAUACCACAAAACAGCACGUUGCCGACGAGUGCCGACCCCCAACCAGCUGAGCAGAUUGAGUGUGUGUGACUGUGUUUCCUAGGAAAUCAUCUAGUUGGCACGUACACUCCCACACACACAAAUACAUAUCAUAGAGAAAAAAAACUGCUGGAGACGGUUCCAGGAGAAAGCAAACGAAUCAAGCCAUCCGGAACAUAUUGCCCGUAAUUGUUGAGAGAGAACAAGUAGCAGACGGACAAGAGUUCCGUUUCUCCCACAAUCCGUCCACGAAGAAUGCAAAACAAACAUGUCUCUAUCAGCAGACGCAACAAUGCCACCGCCUCUACCAUCAGCAUCAGCACCGUCAUCAGUAUCGUCGUCAGUGUUCUUGCAAUCACCAAACUACCGGCGACAUCGGCGAUUCCAACCAACUCGGAACCGUCCAAGGAAGGAAUAGUGUACCAGAAAUGCACCGGUCCCGGAGAGCCCGGACCAUGUCAGGGCUUUGGGUAUCGCUACCGGUUCGAGCAAACAACCAACAAUUGCACCCAGUUUAUCUGGGGCGGCUGCGGGGGCAAUCUGCAGAAUAAUUUCGAGUCGUACGAACAGUGCAUGCAGCAGUGCGCUAAUGAGACACAAACGCAGCAACCACCGCAGCAGCUAACGACGACCAGUAGCCCGUCGUCAACGCUACGAACGCAAACACAGGAAACGGUGCCCGAACAGUACUCCUCCAGCAGCACCUUGGCACCGGUUCCGGAUGAGCUACGAGGCUCCGAGCUGACGUUCAAGGAAACCGGCUACGAGAAAACGUUCAUGUUUGCCAAGAACAACACAUUCAUCCAGAUGGACGGUGACACAAUACAAACAUUUCAAUUAAGAUUAUGCCGUGAAAUAUCAUUCCAAUUUCGCACCCGUCUGCCGCACGGUUUACUGGUAUAUCACAACGUCAAGACCCCGGCCGGUGUGAAGCUCGAUCCGUACGCUCUGUAUGUCAUCGUGGAGAAGGGCCAGCUCAAAGUGGUGCACGUGUUUGGCAACCACUCAACCAGCGUAACCGUCGGCGAGGGUCUCAACCGGGACGAGUGGCACAGUGUGAUGGUCCGAAUCGACGUUCACGGCGCCCGCCUGAUUGCCCGUGUCGACAACCACAAGGAGGAAGUCUACCUGAAAGGAUUAAAUCACGAAACCAACUACGGUGUCUCGAUCAACCUGAUGUCGGUGGUACUGGUCGGAGGUUUGAGCUCGGAGGAGAAGCUGCACGGUGUCAAGUACAUUAUCGAAUCAUUCGUCGGCUGCAUUCGUAACGUGAUGCUGAGUUCGGGAAAAGCUGCCUCGGACGUUCUGCCCAUCACACCACUGAUCGCAACGAAGCACGAGAACGUGAAGGAAGGCUGCCGCAACAAGUGUCACUCCAGGCAGAACCUGUGCUUUGCCAGUUCCCGCUGCAUUAACCACUACUACGAUAUCUCAUGCGACUGCUUCGGGACCAAGUACGAGGGUGAACACUGUGAUAUCUAUACCGGUUCAGUACUAACGCUUCGAGGCUCCAGCUACGUAUCCUAUCGUAUUUACGACUGGAAGGAUCGGAUUCACGCACCGGUCACCAGAAUCAGUAUGAUGUUCAAAACUAACUUUGACGAUUCGGCACUGUUCUACGCGAGCGGCGAAUCGCUGAAACCUCAAUAUAUUGCAGUUUCAAUUAAAAAUCAUUCCGCCUACAUCGAGAUGGACUUCGGAGAUGGCGUCAUGACGGCAGUACUGGGGCAAGACCUCACCAAGCAUUACUGGCACAAUAUGACCAUCUUCCAUGACCAUAGCCAAGUCACGGCCAUUCUGGAUGACCACAUGAAGAUUAUGCAAAUUCCAGGCGAAAUUCACAAUUUACUGUUUGAUCCGGAAAUUUACUUCGGUGGCGGGCCGAAUCUUUCAAAGCGCAAGGGACUGGCAUCCAAUAACAACUUUGUGGGCUCUUUGAAGUAUGUGUUCUACAACGACGUGUCCGUUCUGUUCGAGCUGAAGAAGGGUAAUCCCAAGGUGCACUACAUCGGCACCCUGCAGGAAGAGUUCCACGACACCGAGGUGGACGUCAUUCCGAUUACAUUUUCCUACGCCAAAUCCCACAUCUGGUGGCCGAUGAACAACGAGGAUGUAUUGAAUCUGAAAUUCGAUUUCAAAAGCAGCAAAGCAACGGCCGUGCUGGCCUACAGUGAGGUGAAAACCAGCGAAGGUCAGGGAUUCUGGGAGAUCCGUCUCGCUACAGACCGGUUGAGUUUCGACCUGUGCCCGGACGUGACCAGCAACAUCACCCACACCACAUACAUCCGGAUCGACAAUCCGACCUCGUGGCAUGCCAUCCAUCUGACGUACGAGCGGAAUGAGAUUAAAUUUGUGGUCGAUUUUCGGCAUGCCGUAACGCAGUUGUACGGACUGUCGUUCAACGUCGGCGACAAGCUCAUCAUCGGAAGCAGUCUGAAGGCGGCCACAUCCGGACUGGUCGGAUGUCUGCGAGAUUUGAAGAUCAAUGGAGUGGAAAUUGAGCCGCGAUUUUUGGUCAAGAGCGAACGGGUGGUGGGAGACGUUUCGCUCGAUAACUGCAAAUAUGUUGACCCCUGUAAGAAACCUAACACUUGCGAGCACGGGGGCAAAUGUUCCGUGAAGGAUGAUGGCAUCAUUUGCGACUGCAAGGAUACCGGGUACAUCGGCAAGAACUGUCACUUCACCAAGUUCCGCAAGACGUGCGAGGAGUUGGCCUUGUUGGGCUACUCAAAGUCGGACGUUUAUUCAAUCGACAUCGACGGAAACGGCGUAUUUCCUCCUGCUCGGGUGAAGUGCGACUUCCAGAGUUUGGCCAACGCAACCAAGACGGUUGUGGAGCAUAAUUUGCCGUCGCAGGUCGACGUGCGAUCGUACAAUGACGAAGACUUUAGCUUUCACAUUCAGUACAGAGAAUUUAGUGCGGAAAUGUUGCAGGAGCUGAUUUCUCAUUCGUUGUAUUGCACCCAGUAUAUAAAGUAUGACUGUAUCAAAGCUCCAUUGGAGUUGCACUCGGCAACAUGGUUCAAGUCAUCGAACCGCAACAGCACCGUAGACUCUCUUGGAGAAGUUAAAAGAGGAAACUGUCCCUGUGUGAUAGGAAAAAACUGUGAAGACCCUAGUCAAAGCUGUAACUGUGAUGCUAACCUCAACCGAUGGCUUUCGGACGAAGGCUAUUACAAAGAACCUCCGAAUCUGGGCAUAACUCAAAUGUUCUUCCUUCAGCAGAAGCCACUGUUGGACGAAGAGUCACAGGGUAGGAUCACACUAGGCCCAUUGGAGUGUGUUGAAACCAACACCCAGAAAUACGUCGUAACCUUCACAACCUCCCAAUCGUACAUCGAAGUUCCCGGCUGGCGUAAGGGCGACAUAGCCUUCUCAUUCCGAACCACCGGUGAGAAGGCCAUACUCCUGUUUCAACCUCCGAUCCGGUCCAACUAUCCAUCGUUCAUGGUUGCCCUUACCGGAGACUACCAGUUGACGUUUAAUUUCACCCUCAAUACCGGAACGCCCAAAACGUUGGUCAUCAACACCAAUCGGAAGUUGAAUGGCGGUGAGUGGCACAAAAUUUGGAUCGAUUAUAACGAGCAUCACGUACGGUUCAUGAUUAACACCGACACGCGGAUGGUUGAUUUGCAACCGGAGGAAGAGUUUGGACCAUUCGAGGGCAGUAUGUUUAUCGGUGGGGCACCCACGGAGAUUUCCAAGAAGUACACCGUAAAACAGGGACUAAUUGGAUGCUUCCGAGGGUUGGUCGUCAACGGUGAGAUUUUGGAUAUCUACAGUUUCAUGUCAGUCCAUCUGUCCGAGAUUAUCAAGGACUGCAAACCAUCCUGCGUGCCAAAUCCGUGCAAAAACGGAGCCUACUGUCGGGAGUUGUGGAGCACGUUUGAGUGUGUCUGCAAAAACCGGUGGGCUCAUCUGGGGCAGCACUGUGAGACAAAUAUCAACGAAGAUGCACUGACAUUCAUCAGUCGGGAAUCGUACCUGAAGCGAAACUACAUCAGCGAUGCCGAGGAGCAGCGCGAGGAGCGGGAGAAACUUCGCAACAUAUUAAAUUCCUCGCUGCUAAUAAAUCUUCGCACCUACGACAAACAUUCGUUCGUGCUGUAUGCCAACGAUCACAACAAUAAUUUUAUCCAUCUGUACCUGACGAACGGAAACCUGGUGGUGUAUCUGUACAACUACGGGAAUGACAUCGUGAAUCUUACGCUGGAACACGCUUCACUAAACAAUGGCAAAAGCAUCCAGGUGGCCGUCAUCCGAACCGAAACCAACACGACACUGUUCGUCAACGAGAAGAACAUCACCGUGGAACGGGGUCAUUUGCUGCUGGAGGAGUUUUCCAACAAACCGUGGACCAACCCGGAACUGGAAGUCCUCUCACCGCAUCGUCCACCGGCUCCACCAACCGAAUAUUUCCAGUUCAACAUUGGCGGUUACGAUCCGGCCAAUCUGCUCAAACCUAACCCCGAAACCGAAGAACUGCAAGGCUACAUCGGUUGCAUCCGGGGUCUGAAAAUAGGCGAUAAUCUGAUUUCGCUGAAGGAGAUGGCAUUGCAAAACAAUGCACAUGUAACGGAAGGCGUGCUGAACGAUUGCCAGAUGAAAUGUGACGCGGAACCGUGCAAAAACGGUGGCAUCUGCACGGAAAACUUUGUCAAACAGGAAAGUACAUGCAACUGCGAACACACCAGCUUCCUGGGUGAAUUCUGUUCCGACGAGAAAGGUGCUAGCUUCAGCGGGGAAGCGACUCUUCUGCGGAAGUUUGUUUUGGUGGAAAAAGUGGAGCAAGUUCGGCUUCAGUUGGCUUUUUCCAGCAACGACAUGAGAAGAGCCAAUCGGGUGAUGCUGCUACUGCAGACCAAAAACGACCGGAGUUACUAUCUGAUGGUAGCAAUCACGCAGGACAACCAUCUUCAUAUUGAAGAGGACCGCGAGGGAACUACGUUCGAAGCUAGAAUCGAAGGAAAUUUCAUGGACGACGCCCGGCAUUCAAUUUUCUACAACAGAAAUGGCAGUCAAUCAUCGUUACUAGUUGAUCGACAGAAUAUUCCGAUCAAAGAGGUACAAAGCAAACCUUUGAUCCAAGUCCAGGAUCCGGGAGCGAAUCACGUGCAGAUAGGAGGAGUUAACACGACGGAUCCACGCUUCGCCGUUUACAAAAGCUACGAUGGAUGUCUAUCAAAUAUUUUCAUCCAGGUCAACAACGAUACGAUGAAACCUUUGGAGGAGUAUAUGCUGUUUACCAAAAGCGAAGCGGAGAUGAUCCACGUCAUCAAUUCCCAGGGCGUCCGGUCGGCCCAGUGCAAACAGUUCGACGUAAUUCCUAAGCUGACACCGUUCAACGAGCCGAUGCUGAAUAUGACCUCGAGCAUCGACAAAAACUGGGUGGUGGACGCCCCGGCGCGCGUUCCGUAUGUGGCCCCCAGCGUCGGUCCAUCGAAGGAGGAAGACAAAACACAGGUGAUAUUCAUUACACUGACCACGAUUUUUGUGGUCAUUGUCGUGUGCUGUCUGAUUGAGGUGUACCGGUCGGAUCGGAAAUACAAGAAGCGCCUGGAGCGGGAAACGGACGAGGGAAUUAUUCUGUCCAAGGAACAAGCCACCAAAAUGCAACUCGAGCAAGCUGCCACCAAUGCGAAGGGAUUCAACUAUAAGGCGGUCCCGAUAGACGAAAAGAAAGAGAAUGGUACGACGACACCGUUGAUAGGAAUUUUGAAAAAUGGAAAAAUCACACCUCCUAUGAAUGCAGCGUCAAAUGAUCCCCCCACGUAUCUUAGUGACAAAGCUGUUCAGAUGUUGAGUGGAAUCAGAGACAGUCAACUGAUGGAUCACGAGCCCCAGUGGGAAUCGUUGGCAGCCGAAGAAUCCGAGGCCCUAGUCAAACGGAGUGUAUCCGACAAUCCAAUAGCUCAGAACGAUCGGGUUAGCAAUUCGCUAGCUAAUGGCAAUGGAACAGUGCACGAGUCAACGCACUCCGAUCAGGAGGACACGGACACCGAUAGUGAACUGCUUGAUCCACCGGUGAAGGACACCGCUUUCAAGAUCAAAUCCCGCAGCAAUCGUCCGAAACUAGUAAUGUUCGCCGAUACGGCCCCGUCGACACCUCCGCUGUCACUUCCCUCCACGCCUCUUCCCGUGGCUUCCUCGACACCACUGCUUACCAAUGGCCUACGGCCACGAACCUCCCGACAAGUAUCCUGGGGUCCACCGCCCUUAGCACUAACCAGUGUCAACCAAUUGCCGUACAAAAUCGACGAAACUCCCGAAUCACCAACGUAAAAAAAACCAUGGGCAGUAAAUAAUUGAGCGUGAUCGAACUCAUUUCUAAUAGUUUGUGUGUUAGUUUCUGUGAGAGUUUUGUUGUAUUUUUUCUAGGGGUGAAAUCGAGGAACGGUGCUCAUCACAAUGUCAGGGUGGUAGCUCAUUUGUGUUUGUGCUUUACGAUUUAGAACGUAGUGCGUAUUUGUAAGGUAUUUGCAAAUAAAGAAUUUUGUUACAAAAUAA